GGCAGCUCAGUUGGGCCCCGAAACUUCUUAACGUUUCAACCUUCCUCCUCUUGACCGUAGCAGCUUGAGGAACAGCUUCGGACUUCACUCGAAGUCCUUCUCUAUCGUCAGCAUGGAUACGCCCGAACUACAUGGCCAAGAAAAGCUCGAAGAGGUCACACGGCUUCUUGACAUCCUCAAGAGAGAUUUCGGUGAGAGAAGACUCGAGCGUGCCAGACGCAUUGAAGUUCUUCAAAAGCUUCGCGUUCAUGGGCGCAAACCCGAGAAUGCUGGUCCCAUUUUUGAAAAAGAGGGAAUCGAUGUUCUCUCCUCAUACGGAUUUGGGGAAAAGGACGUUGAAAUAUCUCGAGAAGCCCUUCGUUGUCUUGCGAAUGCUCUCUUCCUCGAAAAAGAGACUCGUCAAAUAUUUGUGGACUUGGGAAAUGGGCAUAAGGCGGCUGAGAAGCUCAAAGAAGACAAUUCAGACGAUGAAUUCCUAGCCGCCCGUCUCCUAUUUUUUACAACGUACGGUUCUAAUUUGGAUUUUAAUAAGCUAUUUGACGAGCACGCCUUAGGAGAAAGCAUGAACAAUCACAUAUAUCGGCAUUCAAAACAAUUUUCUAAAGGCAAAAAGAAGGAACUGACGCAGAUUGAUGAGCUCGGUCUAUCAGAAACUCUCAAGCUGAUGUAUAACGUGACUAGCUAUUACCCUGACCAGGUCGAUGCAUUUUCUCCUUCGAUUCCCCAUAUAUUGAAGAUUUUAAACCACAUUGAGAUACCCACGCCACCGCUCCAGGCACCUGUGAACUAUUUAAUCAACGCUUUACUUAAUCUCGACCUUGAGGCCAAGAAAACCAACCAUUUCAGCACGAAUCCUCUCUUUCCGAAGUUUGAUCAAAACUGCAACGUUGAUAAGUUGAUUAAUAUCUUGGACCAAGCCGUUGCGGUGCAUAAACCUUCCCACUUGGAUACGUUGGCGCUACCCCUUCUCACCCUCCUAAGGAAAAUCUACGAUAUCGCACCUGAAGGGCCCCGGAAGUAUAUGGAAUGGCUUCUUCUUCCAGACGACAGCGAGAGAGACCUACCAAUUGGACAGUCGCAUACGCUGUCUUCGAGACUUCUGCGUCUUUCGACAUCCCCUGUUGCUCCUCAGCUAAGAGAAGGCAUAUCAGCGCUGAUGUUUGAACUAUCUGGCCGUAACGCCAGUGAUUUUGUGAGGAAUGUUGGUUACGGGUUUGCCGCGGGAUUUCUUAUGUCCCACAAUAUGUCUAUCCCCGAAACUGCAAAGGAGGCAUUCAGCACGAGACCCACGAAGCCAGGCGAGCAACCCGUCCCGAUAAACCCGAUCACUGGCCAAAGGCUUGAUGCUGAGCCCCAGGAUACCGGACCUCCAAUGACAAUGGAAGAAAAGGAAAGAGAGGCAGAAAGGCUCUUCGUCCUUUUUGAAAGGCUUCGAGCAACGGGCGUUGUUAACGUCGAAAACCCUGUCAAAACUGCACUUAGCGAGGGCCGCUUUGAAGAGCUGGACGAUCUUGAUUAACACUCGAUGCAACCUAUUAUCUCAUUUAUUAUCUCUGCCAAUCGGCUAUGAGCGCCUCUAACGCUUCCUGUUUUUGUUUGAAUUUUGACAAAUGUACGGAGUAUGAUACUGGGAGGAAAUGUUGGCUUGGAAAGCAAGGUUUUUCCAAUCUAUUAAUUCUAAUUUCAAUGCAAAUAUGGAAUGCUCCGUAAGGGGCACUAACUAAA